GCUGUUUUCUGAUGGUGGGUCGAAAACCUUGUGAUGUGGAGGGUCCCAGCUGACACAGAAAAGAAAGAAAACAUUCUUGAAACAAAUAUCAGUUAGCUUCUGACUGCCGUCGUUUAUAGUACAUCUGUACUUCCCAAUCGACAUCAUGAUGGAGGUUUUAACAUCUGCACAGCUGAAGCGACUGUCAGAACACAAGUACAGUUCCGAAGGGACAUCCAUUUUGGAACCACCUAUGCAAGUGUUUUGGAGGUGGCUUAUUGAACAAAUACCCACCACCUGGGCCCCAAACACAUUGACGAUCGUGGGUUUGCUUGUCAAUAUCCUGUCUACUCUCGUCCUCGUUUACUACAGUCCCGAUGCUCAACAGGACGUGCCAUCUUGGGCGUACUUUCUGUGUGGUUUUGGACUGUUCGUCUACCAGUCCCUGGACGCCAUCGAUGGCAAGCAGGCACGGCGUACGAAGUCCAACACACCCCUCGGAGAGCUGUUUGACCAUGGGUGUGACUCCGUGUCAACAGUGUUCGUCAUGCUGGGUGUGAGCAUCGCAAUGAAGCUGGGGAAGAACCCAGGAUGGAUGCUGUUCGAGAACUUAAUGGCUGUGUUUUUAUUUUACUGUGCACAUUGGCAGGCUUACGUCUGCGGUAAACUCAGGUUUGGCCCCCUGGAUGCCACGGAGGGCCAGUUUACAGUUAUGUUUGUGCACCUAGUAUCUACAAUAAUGGGGGAUUCAUUCUGGGAUAUACAGAUCCCCAUCUUAGGGAUGGAGAUGAAGAUUCUAGUGAUACUAUUCAGCCUGUUUGGAGCAGCCGUGGCGAUGUACCGCACUUACUUGUGUGUCAUGAAGGGUGGCGUGGGCAAGAACGGAUCCACUGUUGCGGGCACCAGUACAAUAUUCCCAGUGUUCCCCAUCAUCCUGGCGCUCGUCCUGGGCACCCUCAUCCAGGCGAAGUCACCCACUCACGUGUUCGAGCGUCAUCCAUGUCUUUAUAUACUUAGUUUUGGGCUGCUGGCAGCAAAAGUCACCAACAGAUUGGUGGUGGCGAAUAUGACAAAGAGCGAGAUGAACUUGCUGGACUCAGGGUUGGUGGGACCUGGACUGAUGUUCUUAAACCAGUACUUCAAUAACUUCUUCAAUGAAUACUUCCUGUUGUGGAUAUGCUCUCUCUAUGUGACAGUAGACAUUGUGAAAUAUUCUUACAUCGUUUGUCAAGAAAUCUGCGACUACCUGGGCAUAUACUGUUUCACAAUCACCUCGAAACCCCCACCAAAAUCUACUACCAACGGCAAAGAGAAGAAAAGCUGAGACAUUGACUGACUGGAAUUACCUCCCUUGUUAUUUUCAUAUAUUUAUUGAAUUGUAGAGCAGACCUGAUGUUGUCAGUAGUUGUUGAUUUUAAUCCCAACUGAUCAAACGUGCACCUUUCGUAUGUGUCGUUAUGUUGCUCAUCAUCAGUGUCUCUGUAGGUUGAGAAGCGUGUCAUGUGUUUUGUUUCAUACGUUUUUAGUCCUUAAUUCAUUGUUAAAUAAAGAUAUAAAAUGCCGCAAUUAUCAUAGGAAUGACGUGAAGCUGGAAAAUCAGCACAAAAGAAAACUUCAAAUGUGAAAAUUGAAAACAAAAUUAUUGUAGGUUUUUAAUAUUUUUUAAUCUAAUUCUUAUGGGAUAUUUACAACAUGUAUUACCCUUUAUUGAGUAAGGAAGUAACUCAGUAAGCAAGAAGGCACUCCCAACAUGGGUGCUUGCUAAAAAUAGAUUCAUUUCAAAUGUUGCCUAUUUAGGAAAGCGCUAUAGAAAGAGCAUCCUCUCAGGCUUGCUUAGGUAUGUUUGAAGGAGAUUGCUGUGGUUUCCUUAGCUGUUGUACAUAGCAAUGUGACAUGUGAUUUUGUUGAACGUAAGCGGUUCAGUUGAGCAUACCUUUUUGUGCUAAAAUAUGCCAAAUUGUUUUAUUUUCAAAAUGUUUCCGUAACAUGUUUAACAAAUUAUGAAAAACUGAUGCAGUAGUACCAUUAUUCUCAAAACAAAUCUUGUUUAUCACCUGACUCCAGUCUAACAUCUAGAGAUUCAGGAGUGGAUUAAACAGUAAAUUGUUAAAAGCCACAAAUUUAGAAAUACAUGAUUCUUAUCCAUCUCUUAGGCUGUCAGUCACAAUAACAUAACUCUCGUUGAACAGCUGAUGAGUUGAGGGCCUUAUCAUGUUGGAAGCUUAAUGGAGCCUUCUCUCAGAAGCUUGUGAAAAUGUUUAACAUGACCUUGAACUUAAUAGAAUAACAUCCAGCACUUACUGAUUUCUAUUCUGCUAUUCACACAAAGCCAGGAAACAAACAACAUGUCUGUGUGUCAUAACUGCAUGAACAAAACAUGAAUGUUGAUCAUGUGACCACUUCAUUCCUCCAACAUGGUGUACAGUCAUGCUGGGAGUACAUUGACAAUCAAACUGUGAGAGUUGCUGAAAGUUGUUUUCAUGUCAUCUACAGUAUUUCACAAAUGGUCUGAUAUCAUCAAGCAAUAUAUUUAUCAUGUUGAUUCUAGAAACAACCUUUGGGGACAGUGUAGUCAAAUACUCACACAUACUUGACUUGGGCCUCCUUUCACAGAGCACUAAGGUGAUUGUAAGACACUAAGGUAACCUUAGUGCAGUGUUAAAGAAUGGGAGUUAAGGGUAACCUUAGUAAAGGUUGCUUCGUGAAAGGAGCCCCAGUUUUGGUUAGUUUAUGAAGUCAGCUGAAGGAAAGCCAAGCUUAACAGUGAUUGUCUCCAGAUCCUGUUAAUAGAUAACAGACUAUAAUUUCUGCUAAUGGAGUAGUUGAUAGCACACAUUUGACAGAAUUUCACCACAGGGACAUAUUGUUUUCUUGGUAAACACUGCCAUGUGCAAUUAUACUUAUUGAGUUUAGACAACAUGUCGACAAGCAGCAGUUAACUGGUUGAGACUGGAUGAUAUGACAUGUGGAACAUAUUAUACCUCAAGGUAAGCAGAUAAGGGGCAGCAAUCAGGCCAGAUAAGUGGGUUACUGUUAACGGAAAUCUGCCAGUACUUGCCAUUAUGGUUCUAUGUGGAAUUAUGGUAAAUAUGACCAUUCCUGUAUCCAUGACUGAUUACUUAUUUAUUAAUGAGUUUGUAUGAUGGAGGUAAAUUUUGAAAACGUUUGUAAGUUAAAAAUCUCAUGUAAGGUUUCCAUACAAUAUAUUGUAUCUAUUUUGAGCCAUUUCUCUCAUAUUUGUAUACUAAUCGCACUUAAAUCUCAUGAUAAUCUCUCCAAUACGAUACCUGUCUGCAAGAUUUGAGGACAAACUUUGAUCACCCAAUCAAAAUUAAUGGUUUUGAGCUAACAAGAUGCCAGCUCUCUGUCAUGAUUUGGUCAUUCACUGUAAUUAAGACAUUUAUGAAUUUUGUAAAAGAAACUUGUCUCAGAAGAAAACAUAGCCUCAAUAGCGCACCAUUUUGGGUAUAGAUAUCAUGGCGGUUAUUAACAGCUCAAUACAUGUAUGUGAUGGGUAAAAUGAUAACAAAAAUGUAUUAAUGCAGCUUUUUACCCACAAGUACAAAUUGUAUUGAGAAAAACAUGUAUGAAUGGACGUACUAAGGAUGUAGAAGGCCCGGGGCUGAAUGGGUGGUCACUGCUUGCAUCUGAAGUGACCUCCUAUGGAGCUGGCAUCCAAUCUUCUUGCAGACGUAUCAUGUCAAACAAGGUCAUACUCUUAUGCUCACGUUUUGUUAUUUCUAUUGUCAGUGAGAAGUUUGUCCUGAUAAAAUUGUAAGAAUUAUUCAGAAACUGAUAGUGAAGUCAAGCUGAUUGCCUCAUAUGGAAUAUUGACGGGCGUGGCAUUAAACAACAAACCAUUGUGUGUUACCAUGAUAACAGCGAUCUCUCACAUAGCAUAAUAUCUCAUUUCAACAUAAUAAACACAUCUGAUGAUUGGGAAACUGAAUAAUGUCUGCAUUGUAGUCCUAGUUACCCAUUCAUAUAAUUACUUAGGGGGCUUUGUAUGGGAUACAAAUGCAUUUUUUUCAUAUUGCAUUUCAGCCUGUGCUGGCCAAGUUCAGGGUUUUUAUGUCAUUGUUUAAAUUUGUAUGAUAUUUCAGACGUAUUUGUUAAUUUUAUGUUGUACAUGUAUCAAGCUGUUUUAUCAGUAACAUAAUCUGUUACAUCUUGUGUUGCCAUGGUUACUAAUGUGGGAGGACUGUAACAGGACAUGGACAGAAUCCCUGUUAUGAAAGGCAUCAGAGUCUAGAGUUGUCCCUUUAUAGAGUUAUGUCCCUUUGGUGUGGCAGGAAUCUAUGAUCAUGCAAGAUUAAGAUCAGAUUUUGGGUAACAGUCAGGGUUUCAUCAGGUUAGAGUUCGGGUUCCCGUUGAAGUCUGGGUUAUGGCUGAUGUCAGUUUGACAUUGAAUUUGUUAACAGGUUAGAAGCAGUUAGACAUGUGGUUGUGUCAUCUCCUGCCUUGUUACAGUCCUCCCUUGUAGUGUCGGCUUCUUAAUGGCAGACACGUUUGAUUGCUGGUUGCCACUUUUCAGGGAUGGAGCACUGCUAUCAUAAUUAUGUUCAUAAUUUUGUAAAAAUAUUUUUGUAUUGAAAUGAAUCAUUGAUCACAUAGUUUCCAAUAAUUAGUUAUGUUGUUUGAUGUGAAUACUAACAGGUAUGUAUAGCACUCUUUAUGCAAGUUCCCCUGGAAUCAGAUUUUCCAAAGAUGAGAAAAUAACUGACUUCUAUACGUCUUUCCAGUUUUUAAUCCCAGUGAAGGUAGAAUACUCACAGAUAAUUGUUUUAUGGAAGUAUAUUGUUGUUUUAGUGUGUGUUUGAAGUGAAUUAUACGAUUAUAGGAUAAAGAUAUAAUUAUGUGGAGGUUUGCAUGCUGCAAUAGCUUUAUGUGCUGAUGUUAAUUUGAUGUUAGAUGUAAUAUAUAUAUAUGCCCAGAAAUAAGUUAAACACCACAACGUCUGUAUUUGUGAAUGUCAAAAACUUCAGUGCUUGUACUGUUUGAGAGGCCUUCUAGAAAUUGUAAGCAAUAGGAAUGACAAGUCUGUAUGGAUGAUCAACUGCUGUAUUGUCCAAUAGCAAUGUUUCGGUAUAGAUACUUAUAUCUUCUUGAAAAUGGUAUAAGUGUCUAUACCAAAACGUCGCUAUUGUACAGUAAAGAAGUUGAUCAUCCAUAAAGACUUGCCAUUCUUUCAAAGUUUGUUUUGAAAAUAUCUGCAUUACAUUGACAUUCUUUUGAUUAAUAUUGAAGAUACCACUGAUAGCUCUUGGGCAGUUGGGAAACCAGCACCAGUUGGGCAGACGUCAUGUUGUAUAGAGAAGUAGAGGAGGCAGUUGAAGGAGAAGACGAAGCUUGAGAGGGAACAGUUACAAAACAUGUUGGCAGACAGUCAGAUUUGGUUUCUGUAUUGUAAAAACAAAAAUAUUUCUUUGAUUUAAAAAAUAUUCAAUUUCUUUAAUUACUAUUUGACAGUAAAAGGUCAGUGAACUUAUGUUACAACUAAUUUCAAGUGCGUACAUGUAUUUCUAACGUAAUUGUUCUUACAUGUGUGGUGCUCUGUUCGGGUUGUGCUGGCAUGGACAUAGGUCAGUGGUUGUUUAGUGGGAAAAUAAUGUGUGAGUGAAGGAAAUAUCACUGAAUUUAUAUUUUGCUAGGGGUUGUAUAACUGAUUGUGUCAGUCUGUGUACAAUUAGUUGUUGUCUCUUUGGAAACAUUAUUUCAUGAAACAUCAACAUUUAUCAAAAUACAUGUAUAUAAUCUUAUAUAUGUAGAGUUUCAGGAAGAACACUGACAUUUUACCUCUGAAGUAUGUCAAAACAAUUCCUUGGCCAGUUGAUAGUUCCCUGAUCCUGUGAAUUCUACCACUGAAAACUAGGUAGUUCAAGAAAGAUAUGGCAGUAAGACGUAGGUGAUGCAUGAUGCAUUGUAUCGGAUGUUGUAUCAUAUGAUACAGAUAUGACAAGCUAGAUUCCUUUCUUUCAAUCAUUCACUCUGCAGAUAAUCUGUUCCAUUUCAGAUAGUCAGCCAUGUGCUAGCUGCAGGUCUAGCAAUGUAGUUACGAGCCUACUGAUGCUUUAUCACUAUCUGUAGAUUAUCAUUAAACUUACGUAGGGUGAGUCGUGUAACUGUAGGUUGUAACAAUUAGAACAGGUGCUUCUCGGGGAGUUCCUUUUUACAUAUAGGGAGCAUGGUGAGGGUUCUAUGAUAUAUUUUAUUUCAUUUUAUUUAUUAAUUUAUUUAUUUUGGGGUUGGGACGGGAUGUUGUCUUAUUCUGUGGUUUUACUACAUAAGUUUAUACCAGGGUUCUGUUCAACCAAACAGUUCUAGCACUAUGUCCAUUGUAAGAUUGUUAGCACUACACCCAUUGUGACACUGUUGACACUACACCCAUUGUGACACUGUUGACACUACACCCAUUGUGACAUCGUCAGGCCAUUGCAAGUCAAGCUCAAUUGUGAUGUCAGAGUAGGUGUUAGCUCAAAGAAUAAUGGAAUUCACUCUCAGAGCAAUGACAGUUACAAAAUGUCUGUUCCAACUGGCACAUCUAUGACCAUUUUAGCCCCGAGACAAUUGUAAGUGUACAUUACGACAAUGGCCAAUGUACGUCUGUCUGCACAGUGACAGUAUAUAAUUACCAUGGAGACCAAUGUGAGUCUGUUAGAGAUAGGUUGCUUCAGGGUUGUUGUCUCACUAGGUUGGUGUCUGUCAUAGAUCCCAAUUUAGAAUAGUCUGUGAUGCUAAUGUGAUAUGCAUAUUGCCAUGUCGAUCAUGGGAAAUUGCUGUCAUGGCAGUCUGUAGGUAAUCUUCAGUUGAAUCUAGUAAUAAUACUUUGAAUUUAUAACAGAGAAACUAUUUGUCUUGUGUUACAUGUGUAGACAUAGUUAUUUAUUAAAGUGGGUAAACAUCCAGUAGUCAAGUAGAGAAGAUGAAUGGGAAAA